AUGUCAACAUCUUUCGCCAACUAUCUCCUAGCGGCUGUCAGCACCGUCACUAUCCAUCCCAUACACUGCACGAAGGAUGAAAUGGAUAUACUCAUGAAGAGUGAGUUGGGCCUGCAAGACCAAGAUCCCCUGGUUCUGUGGGAGGAGGACCUGAAGCCUAAGACCUCCAUCCUUAAAAUCCUCAUUCCUCUUUCAAAUCUCAACAAAUCGGAAAUCAAGAGGAUCACUUACAUCAAACAAGUACCAGGAAGCCAAACUCAGAUACAUGGGGCUCCCGUUGCAGUUAGGCAUACCCGGUUUCAGGCAGCUCAGACUGAGUCGCAGACUGAUACAGACAUAGAACUUGAAGGGGAUUCCAUGCUAGAGAUGGAGGGCAGCUUGGGGCAGCAGGAUUUCGUCAAGGCUGGAACGAAAAGAGCUAAGCCUGUAGGACAAAUGGAGGAAAAGAAUUGGGAGUGUCUUUUCUGGGCGAUAUACUAUCACAUGCGUGAACUGCUCAAGGAGCAAGUCCAAGAGCGCAAUGUUGAUGGAUCACAGCACUCGUCAUCACAAUGCUCGGGAAUCCAGCGCUCGCACAUUUUGCCCUUCACCGAGAUAACAGAUCUCCGGUACUGGUCUUCAGAGUUCACCACCACUUCCAUACCAGACACUACCGAUUCACGGAAGCCUGAUCUUGUCCUCCUGGAUUACCAGCUCAGAAAGCUCAGUUUCUCGCAAAAGUCCUGGAAAGAUGUCCUCACAGGAGUUGAGAUUACCCAAUCUGACCUCUCUGUUGAUCGCAAAAUACCUUCAUUCUUGGGGGUUGCUACCAAGGGCUAUCUGAUGAUGCGGGAGCAACCAUGGCGUCAUUUCAUCCUACUUUUUAGUAUCUCCAAGUUCAAACUUUGUGCCCAUUAUAUGGAUCGCUCCGGCAUGGUGAUCUCAAAACCACUCCCGAUCGUUACAUCCCCUGAACAUUUUGUCGAUGUGUUGAAUACCGUCACUUUAGGAAAUCGCUCUUCCCUCGGCUUUGAUCCAACAAUCCAUAUCUGCAACUCUUGUAACACCAUUCCAACUCACGCUGAUUUACCGAAUGGCUUUGAUGCCAUGCUUCCUGGGGCAAUAGGCUGGGUUUACGACAAUGAUGAGAAUGUAUACUGGAUUAUGGAUAUACUAUGGAAGAGCCACGGUCUUUUCAAGCACGGAACUGAGUACACACUCAAAGAUUGUUGGGUCAACGAGGAUGUCAAAGAUGUCGAGAUACAACUUCUCAAAGCAGUCGAAGGCAUCCCGAAUGUUGUUCAACUCAAGAAAUAUUGGGACGUACUUUAGAGCUAGUUCGGCAACUCGAUAUUUUCGAUAUUUUUCAAUAUUU